CAAUCAAAAAGGCAAAUAGAGAAAAAUUCUCGGGGAGAACGGAACAGAACAGAAACAGAAACCCGAGAGUUAACAAACUCAAAACAAACUUAAUAAAUAUAAAUUAAAAUCAAUAUUCAAUUUGAAUCGAUUUCGGUUAAAGCGAGAUUCGGUUACAAAUAAUGACCGAAGUGCGACGCAGAAGGAUAGAGGAUGAAGCAGCGCUCCAUGCUGGUGAAGCAGCGCUCUCCGGAGGUGAAGUUUCUACUGGAGCUGGAGAGAAACGCAAUUCAUCGGCGGCUGAUUCCUCUGAUCAUGUCGAUUCGGAGGAAGAAAAAAUUCCUGAAGAGAAAUUUGUUGAAGAGUUGGCCAAAAAUUUGCCACAAGGUACAGAUAAGACGCCAGAGUUAUUGGAUUCAGCUUUAAAGGAUCUACCAGAUCGAUGGAAAAAUUGGGUCAUUCGUGGCAUAUUUACAUGGAUUAUGAUUUGUGGAUUUGCCCUAAUCAUCUAUGGUGGACCAUUGGCCUUGAUGGUUACGACUUUGCUUGUGCAGGUGAAAUGCUUUCAGGAGAUUAUCUCAAUUGGUUAUCAAGUGUAUCGCAUACACGGUCUACCUUGGUUCCGUAGUCUCUCAUGGUAUUUCCUCUUGACUUCAAAUUAUUUCUUCUAUGGCGAGAAUCUUGUUGAUUAUUUUGGUGUAGUAAUCAAUCGAUUGGAGUAUCUAAAAUUCUUAGUUACCUAUCAUCGCUUCCUAUCGUUUGCUCUCUAUAUAAUUGGCUUUGUAUGGUUUGUCCUGUCGCUGGUCAAGAAAUAUUAUAUUAAACAGUUUAGUCUAUUUGCCUGGACUCAUGUCUCAUUGCUGAUUGUUGUUACACAAUCGUAUUUGAUUAUACAAAACAUAUUCGAAGGCCUUAUAUGGUUCAUAGUGCCGGUAUCGAUGAUUGUUUGCAAUGAUGUCAUGGCCUAUGUAUUUGGCUUCUUCUUUGGUCGCACACCGCUCAUUAAGCUGAGUCCCAAGAAAACCUGGGAGGGUUUCAUUGGUGGUGGCUUCGCUACCGUGUUAUUCGGUAUACUGUUCUCAUAUGUCUUGUGCAACUAUCAAUAUUUCAUUUGCCCCAUACAAUACUCGGAGGAAUUGGCGCGCAUGACCAUGUCUUGUGUCCCAAGUUACUUAUUUACUCCACAGGAAUAUAGCUUAAAAUUGUUCGGCUUGGGCAAGACCUUGAAUAUUUAUCCCUUUAUAUGGCAUUCUAUUUCGUUAAGUUUGUUUAGCUCAAUAAUUGGACCAUUUGGUGGUUUCUUUGCUUCCGGUUUUAAGCGAGCUUUCAAGAUUAAGGACUUUGGUGAUAUGAUUCCCGGCCAUGGCGGUAUUAUGGAUCGUUUCGAUUGCCAAUUUUUAAUGGCAACAUUUGUUAACGUUUACAUUUCCAGUUUCAUAAGAACCCCAUCGCCGGCCAAGCUCUUGACCCAGAUAUAUAAUCUAAAACCAGAGCAGCAAUACCAAAUUUAUCAAUCCCUUAAGGAUUCUCUAAGCGAAGUGCUGACCUAAACUACAAAUACUUGAAAACUAAACAAAUAUUAGUUUCCCACACAUUUAAAAACAUUAA